GGCAGCGGGGCCGGCGGGGCGCGAUGGCGGAGGGCGGGGACCCGCCCGCCCCGGGCAGCCCUUUGUCACCCCGCCGUGUGCCUCUCUCCAGCGCAGGUCGCAACCUGAAGGAGUGGCUGCGGGAGCAGUUCUGCGACCACCCGCUGGAGCACUGCGAGGACACCCGGCUGCACGACGCGGCCUUCGUGGGGGACCUGCCCACGCUGCGCAGCCUGCUGCAGGACGAGAGCUUCCAGAGGGAAUGGGGCUGCUCUAACCGCGUGUCCCCCCGCCACAGCCGGAUCAACGAGAAGUCGGUGUGGUGCUGCGGGUGGCUGCCCUGCACCCCGCUGCGCAUCGCCGCCACCGCCGGCCACGGGCCCUGCGUCGACUUCCUCCUGCGCAAGGGGGCCGAGAUCGACCUGGUGGACGUCAAGGGGCAGACAGCUCUCUACGUGGCCGUGGUCAACGGGCACCUGGAGUGUGCCAAGAUCCUGCUGAAGGCCGGCGCUGAUCCCAACGGCAGCCGGCACCACCGCAGCACGCCGGUGUACCACGCGGCACGGGUGGGGCGCGCCGACAUCCUGCAGGAGCUCAUCAGGUACGGCGCGGACGUGGACGUGAACCAGCAGCUGGCAUCCCGCGGGCCGGGCCAGGCGCCGCGGCCACUGACCACGCUGGUGGUGUGUCCCCUGUACAUCAGCGCUGCCUACCACAACCUGCCCUGCUUCCGCCUGCUGCUCCAGGCGGGAGCCAACCCGGAUUUUAACUGCUGCGGGCCCAUCAACGUGCGGGGCUUCUCGCGGGGCUCGCCCGUGUGCGUGCUGGACGCCGUCCUGCGGCACGGCUGCGAGCCGGCCUUCGUCCGCCUCCUCGUUGACUUUGGAGCGGAUCUCAACCUCGUCAAGGUGGAGGCCUUGGGAGUCGAGGCCGCGGGGAGGGUCAAGGUGAACGCCGAGGCGCUGGAGGUGUUCAAAGAAGCGAGGGGCCGCGCCCGGAGCCUCUUGUCUCUGUGCCGCAUAGCUGUGCGGAGAAUCCUUGGUAAAUCCCGCCUGGAUCUGAUCCCCAGCCUUCCCAUCCCAGACCCCAUUAAACAAUUUUUACUCCACGAACACAGUUAAAGGGUGGCUGGCUGCUUUUGGGGACAGUUUGACUUGGUAAAUGAGUGCCCUGACAGAGCCAGGUGCCAAUCCUGCCUCUUUUUCCUUCAUGGAGUGCACAUAAUUCCCAGCUCCUGUGGAUUUUUUUUCUCCUCCAGAUUUAGGGUGCAGUGAUUCAGUGUCUUAUCUCCUUGGGGAGAGGCUGCUAAACGUGUGUGGGUGUUGCUGGAGCAAAUACAAUAUAUCCUGUAGCUGUUGGCAAAUGCAUAACCUCUGUUACUGAUCUGUGUCGCACACACACCUCGGGUCUCUGUGGCAUUUCUGUGUGGGGAAAGUGUCCCUACUUUACUAUUUUUCCCAUCACAGCACAUAAACCCAGAAGUUCCUACCUACAUUUUACUUCAUAUGCCGUGG